CAGAUUGGAAACCUGAGAGUGAGAGCUUAGAAGUCCUUCACCCAAGUUUUUAGAGAAACAAACCAAAAAAACCCAUUCUUCCUUUCUCAAUGUGUCAAGGGUUUCUUUCCAAGAGCCAAGAAUCCAGCUUUCCCUCUCUGUUUUUUUCACAAACUGGCUCACAUUUAGAUCCCUGAAUCACAAAACAAACACAACCCUUGUUCCCAAAAAUAAGGAAUAACGUUUGAGAAAUCCCAAGAGAAACACAAUUUUUGUGUAUACUAGUAUAAAUAAAUAAAAAGGGUAUAAUUAUUGAUAAAUUUUUUUGAGUAGGGGAUUAUGGGGAGAGGAAGAGUGGAGCUGAAGAGGAUAGAGAACAAGAUAAACAGGCAGGUGACAUUUGCAAAGAGGAGAAAUGGGUUGCUGAAGAAAGCUUAUGAGCUCUCUGUCCUCUGUGAUGCUGAGGUUGCUCUCAUCGUCUUCUCCAACCGUGGGAAGCUGUAUGAAUUUUGCAGCACCUCUAGCAUGCUUAAGACCCUUGAAAGAUAUCAGAAAUGCAGCUAUGGUGCAGUGGAAGUUAACAAACCAACCAAGGAGCUUGAGAACAGCUACAGGGAAUACCUUAAACUGAAAGCUAGAUACGAGGCUCUGCAGCGAACUCAGAGGAAUCUUCUUGGUGAGGACCUGGGUCCUUUGAACACAAAGGAGCUUGAGCAGCUUGAGCGUCAACUGGAGACAUCUUUGAAACAUGUCCGCUCCAUUAAGACCCAAUAUAUGCUUGACCAGCUUUCUGAUCUUCAAAAUAAGGAACAUAUGUUACUUGAAGCUAACAGAGCUUUGACAAUAAAGCUGGAAGAAAUAAGUGCAAGAAACCAGCUUCGAGUAUCGUGGGAUGGUGGCGAUCCAAAUGUAUCCUACAACAACCAGCAGGCUCAAUCUCAAGACUUAUUUCAGCCUCUGGAAUGCAAUCCCACUUUGCAGAUAGGAUACAAUCCUGUUGUUUCAGACCAGAUGGCUGCUGCCACUUCUCAUGCUCAACAGGUCAACGGCUUCAUCCCUGGUUGGAUGCUUUGAUGAGUAUUUGCUUGAACUCUCCAUGUAGCGCCAUUCCUGAUCAUCAAAAUAGUAUAGAUAUGCUUAUUAGGUAAAAUGGCAAUAUAUAUAUUGGUUUCCAGUUUGCUGAUAUAAAAAACGGCAGUGACUUGUGACUUUGGAAAGACUAUAUUUUGUGUUGAAGUACCUAUAUAUUUAUAAUCCCUUUCGUUUGAUAUAUCUGUUCUUUCUUUCCAAUUUCCUCCAGGAUAGUUUUGAAAUGUAAGGAUAAGAUAAGAUUAAAUUGGGUUAAACAGU